UGGAGUUAACGCAUUUUUGGUGCAGGUUUUAUGGUCCCUGUGUAAUGCCAGCACUGCUGAAUUCGCCAGGAUCCUAAAAUGAGCCAUUUUACAUGGCUAGCUCUGGACUGCAUCUGUUUCCAGGCCAGGAUGGUUUGGGCUGCACAGGGUGUUCCCGGGACACCAGGGCAUGGUCUUGGCACCCAAACGCACAGACCGGAUGGCUGAUGGACUCAGAACUUCCAGGGAUUCUCCAAAGAGGGGAAGCAGAGGUGCUGGAUACUGCCCUAAUCCCAGUGAGUACCAGGAGGCAUGAGGAGAGGCACCAACAGCUGGAGGCACCUGAAUUGGCUCCACCUGUGUGCUGCUGCCUGGCUUUGUCCACAGUUUCUUCUGCUUCUCAGUUUCAGGUAUUCGCUGUUACUCUGAAGAAUGUUUUUUGUUCCUUCCUGCAAAACCCCAAGAGCUGCAGCUGGUUCCCAGCAGGGCCAAGGCUGGGGGGUAUCAUGUCCCCUGAGGUGCUGGGGGCAGCAGGGCUGGGACCAGAACCGCUGGGGCAUUUCUGCAGGUCACCUGCACCAGAGGAGCCUUUCCUUCAGGGGAAGAGGAAAGUCAGGAACCUGAAUUUUAGGAAGUGUCCUGCUUUAAGCGACACAGGGUUAAUUUCUCUUUCAGUAAUUUUACUUUUCAGUAACUUCUCUUCUAAUACUUGGGGAAACUGCAUUUCUAGAAGACUCUGUUGUCUGAAUUUGUGAAAAUGUUUACUUUGUAGCCAGCUAUGGUGUGCCUGUUUCAAGGUCUCAGUGUUUUCGAGCUUGCCAGGUGCAGGGAUGAGGAGGAGCAAGACCCAGGCACUUGACCCAGGCUGGCCAACAGACUUAUUUCAUACCAUGAAUGUCACAUUCAGUAUAAAUUAGGAAGUUUGCUGAGAAGUCUUUCUCUUCCUGGAUGUCUGCCAUCCUGAGAACUCCUUGCUCCGGUGCCGGACCCCUGAGCCCUUCCCUUCCUCCCGAAGCCGCAGCGCUGGCAGUGUCCCACAUUGGCUGUCCCCGCGGGGAGUGCACGGCUUCCUGCUGAUGGAAUGGGGUGACUAUAAUCCUUGUAUGUUUUAUAUUUGUAUUGGUAUCAAUAUUCAUUCUUUAGUAUUAUUAAUGUUAAUUAAUCUUAUUCGAUUAAAUCUGUUUAUAUUUGUCCUGGUUUGAGGUAAAACAGACCCAAUGUGCUGUUCAGUAAUUUUACCUUUUACCUGAGCCUCUUCUAUUAACAGCAAAUUAUGGAGGCAGUGUUUGUUCUCAGUGAUAAGACCUGAUUAUUUGUAAUUUAUGCCUAGCAAUGGUACGCAGAGAGGCUCCUGCUUAUACUUGUUGCUGUAACAACCCAGGUCAGCUACCUUCCUUAUUUGCCCCGUUGGAGGGUCAGAAGUGGAAAAACGUAGAGGGGUCGCACCUGCGGGGAGGAGGGGACAGGAGAAGUGACCCAGAACUGACCAAUGGGGUAUUCCAUCCCAUGGGCAUCACGCUUGGUAUAAAAGCUGAGGGAUCAAAGGGUCAGCUCUUUUCUCAGUGGCCGGCAUCCAAGGAGGACUCUGUCUGUUCGUCUGCCUUUGAUCCCGAUCCGUGGGUUCCCGACUCCAGAUACGGAAUCCAGCUUCCAUCCGUUCCAUCAGUCUGGGACUUCCUCAGUGCCUGUUGGUGACGCGAUCGUCAUCCUGGGACCUCGAUACGGUUUUAAAUAUAUAUGUACAUAUUUCAUUAUUUUAAAAUUAUUAUUUUAUUAAUUUAUUAUUAUUAUUUUCAUUAAAGCAGUUUAGUUUUUUUCUAAACUCCUAAGUCUCUUUCUCUGUCUCCCUCCUCUCCUUGGAGAGAGGGGGAGACCAUCUGUCGUUCCCUUCAGCGGCCAGUCCGGCCCAAACCACGACAGAUUGAUUGGUGCCCAAGGUGGGGCUCGACCAGGGCUCUGACAGAUUGCCUCAAUAGUUUGAGUUCCAGCUUGCCCAGAGAUGGAAACAGACAGCUCACACCCUGUUGGUUUUGGACAGAAUAUUGUGUUGUCUCUUUGUAGGGUUUUGUUUCAAGUUAGUUGAUACAACGCUGCUUAACCUGCUGUAUGCGUUGUAUAAUUUAUUUGCUCUCUGUGUUUGUAUGCGGUGGUUUAAACAUGCUAGUCUGCUGUUGUGUUUAAUGCUGAUCCGUGCUGUGACUGAUGGGAUAACUUCUUUACCUGCAUACUUUGGGCGUUGUGUAAUGCAUUUUGUUACUAAUUACACUUUCAGUUUCACCUUGGGAGAGUUUACUUCGCCCUUUACUGCUCUUUCCAAAUUGUCACCAUCAGAGCUAGGAGAUGUAUGUGUUUUGGAUUUCAGAAAUGGUUGUUGCUUGCUUAAAAUCAUGAUUUUUUUUGUUGAUUAUCCUGAGUGUGUUGCAGGAGUGGUUUCUUACUAAAUGUUGGUGCAGGAGUAGGUAUUGUAUGACGUGCGCUGCCACUACUCAAACUCCAUCAGCACUGGUACAAGUUGCCCCGGUGACCAGAAAGAAAAAAAAAGAAGCGGUCUGUUCAUUUCCCUGCCUGUUAUGACAAAGACCAGAUAAAGCCGGAUACCAGGGGAGAAGGCUCUUCUGAUGAAGAUCCAGGAAUGAGUCCUUCUAAAGCAGAUCAGAGGGUAUUUCUCGGGCAGCGUCAACACAGGAGGAGGAAUCAGACGCAGGGGUAAUUGUUAAAUCCUUCUCUAUGAAGGACUUGCGAAAUAUGAGAAAGGACUUUAGCCGUCGUGAAGGGACAGCUGUGGAAAACUUGACUGAGAAAACUGAGAAAAUGAUUGAAAAGAAUGAGAAACUGUUUGAUAGACUGUCUAGGAUUGAGGAAAGACCCCACUCUUCCCCUGCAUGGACCCACGUCGCAGCCGUUAGGAGAAGAUGCCCUCUUAUGAAGCCGGCUCAAGAGAGACAGAACAUACUACGAGAUAUCCUCUGAUUUUGCCUCGGUGACUAUGGAGAGGACAUGAGGAAGUGGGAUAGAAGACCUACCUUGGCCCUACAGGCAGGAGUGAGUGAGUUGCAAGGUACAAGAGAGAGAAGAAAGAAUCCUUCCAGGAGGAUGACUGCCCCAGCCCUCACGGAGCGGUUUUCUGCUCCGAGUAGGAACUCAUCUGCUAAUUGUAGAUGUUGAGCCAAGGAGUGAUCAGCAAGACUCGCUCCCCUUUUAACAGCCCUGUAUGGCCAGUACAAAAGUGUGACGGAGACUGGAGAUUAACAGUAGACUAUCGUGGCCUGAAUGAAGUCACAGCACCGCUGAGUGCUGCCGUGCCGGACUUGCUAGAACUGCAAGAUGAACUGGAGUCAAAGGCAGCCAAAUGGUAUGCCACGAUUGACGUUCCCCAUGCAUUUUUCUCUAUUCCUUUAGCAGCGGAGUGCAGGCCACAGUUUGCUUUCACCUGGAGAGGCGUCCAUUACACCUGGAAUCGACUGCCCCGGGGUGGAAACACAGCCCUGCUAUUUGCCGUGGACGGAUCCAGACUGCACUGGAGACGGCUGGAGCUCCGGAACACCUGCAUAGUGCAUUGAUGCCAUCAUUGUGUGGGGUAAUAGAGCAGCAGAAGUUGUUAAGAAAGCAGGUUUUGAGGGCGGAGUCCACCAAAACGGCUGCCGUCACGACCAGGAACACCCCCAGCGCCGGCUCUUUCAUGGAGAGGUAAACGCCGCUGAAAUCGAUGCCGGCAUCACCUCCUUUGGGGUGACAAUGGCUCCACACCGUUGUGCUCCUGCUCAUGGCAGGGGGGUUGGACUAGGCUGUUUUAUUGUCCCCGUCCCUCUCUGAGCUCUACCCAUCUGUGCCUGACCCCGCUGGCAGCUGGGUUUUUGCCAGGAGCCCAUGAGUGACCGUGGACAGAUGUGGCGCUGGCUGCUGGCCGUGAUGUUUCCCAGCUGUGGGAGCUGCCGUCCUGGUGCUGCCUGCCCCCUGGCCGCUCCGCAGGGCUCUGCUGCGUGUGCCAGGCACGACGGCUGCUGUGCUCCCCUGCCUGGGGAGUGUGAAGAAAAUGCCUUUCCCUAAUGAUGACAUCGGUCAGUCUUUGGCGUAUGGAAGCGUAUGGACUUUGCGAAUCCGUACUGGGUCCCAUUCAACACCGCAGCGUGAUGAGGUGGUGGAGUUUUACUGCAGACGUUUGUGAAGUAAAACAACCUAAAGGAUGUCCAGGCCCUGGACAUGAAGACUUUGCUGUGUAGAAGCUGAGAGCUGUCCCUGAAGGACAAAGGACACUCCAGGACAUCCAAGGUCAAGCCAGCCUCUCUGACGCGGCCCGGUGACUUUCCUGGCGGGUUUCGGCAUCAACCCUCUGAGGUCCCCUCGCGGGGGACAGUGGCUGCAGCUCAGCUAGUGGGGCUGGGGGUCCCCGGCAGCUCCCGAUUUCCACCAUGGGAUCAAUCCUCACUCAAAGACGCUGGCAGCUCCUGGGCCUGACUCCCAUCCGUGUCCCCGGGGGAGGAGGGGACUCAGUGGGGCUGGGGGUCUCCUGGGGUGGCCGGUGACCCCUCCUGCUGCCGGGCUCCCUCCUCCCGGUGCAGGCACCAGCUGGUUUCUUCUCCACAGUUGUUUUCCAGAGCGGCUGCCGGGAGGACAAACCCCUCCAGCCCAGCAUGGGCUCUGCCGGAGCCGGGGAGAGUUCGGACGAGGGGAAUUGGUUUCCACUGGGGUUCAGCCCUUCGGCCCUACCCAGCGUCAUCCUCGCAGGCAGGGAUGGGCGGAUGGACGGAGGAGCCCCAGCCACACCGGGACCUGCGUGGGGUGAGGAGCCCUGGGAAGGAGCCGGGCUGCCUGAGCCGAGGCUGAUGCUGCCACCUGCCUGGGGACACGUGACAGCAUGGCCUGCGCCCCCCCGGAGACCUGUGAGGACGGCACCGCUCCAGCUCCGUACGGCUUCAGGUUGGUUCUUUGGGCCCCCGUUUGUUUCGGGUCCAGCUCCGUUUGGGCCCCCGUUUGUUUCUGUUUGUGGGUUCACUCCCAUUUGUUCCAGGUCCGGCUCCUGGACGGCUGCAGUUCGAUUUUGGCUCCAGCUCAUUUGUGGCUCCUGUUUGUUUCUGCUCUGGUUCCAGUCCAGCAGAUGGACGGCUCCAGCCCCAGCUCCUUGCGGCUCCAGCUCAUGGAUGGCUCUGGCUCAAUUCUGCUCCUGUUCCUUGUGGCUCCAGCUCAUUUGCACCUUCAGUUUUGGCUCCAGCUCGUUUGCGGCUCCUGUUUGUUUCUGCUCUGGUUCCAGUCCAGCAGAUGGACGGCUCCAGCCCCAGCUCAUUGCGGCUCCAGCUCAUGGAUGGCUCUGGCUCAUUCCAGCCCCUCUUCCUUGUGGCUGCAGCUCAUUUGCACCUUCGGUUUUGGCUGCAGCUCGUUUGCGGCUCCUGUUUGUUUCUGCUCUGGAUUCAGUCCGGCUCAUGGACGGCUCCAGCUCGAUUCCAGCUCAUUUGGACUCCAGCUCAUGGAUGGCUCUGGCUCAUUUCAGCCCCUGUUCCUUGUGGCUGCAGCUCAUUUGCACCUUCAGGUCCAGCUCCUGGUGGGCUCCAGUUGGGUUUCAUCUCCUGGGCAGUUUUGGCUCCAGCCCAUUGAUGGUUCCAGCUCGUUUUCGCCUCCAGCUCUUGGGUGGUUCCAGCUCUGGCUCCAGCCCCAGCCCAUCACAGCUUGUGCUUGUUCAACUGCUCCUGGCUUUUGGCCAGGUUGUAAAUCAAUCACUGUCAUGGCCUGUAUAUGAAUAUGAACUGUCAUAAUUGUACACGUGUUGCCUAAUGAGUGUGUUUAUUGUUCAAUGACUAGUCCGGUGAAUAAACAGUUGGACUCUCAAAUGAAGUGGGAAAAGUGCCUUUUCGCCCAGAGACUAUCUCAGACGUUUAAUUCGGCCUGGUGCAUGCCGGCGUCCCGCACUUUGGGGAACAACGCGACCGGACCCCCACCUCCGGCGGGGGUCCACGCACCCUGCCUACCCCCCCUCCCGCCCGGGCCCCAGCGCCCUCCCACCCCCCUCUGCCUCCCACCGCCCAAAGGGCCCCCCUCCCGGGCCACGGUUUUGGGGCUGAAAACAGACGACGGAGCCUCCGUUUCCAAGUCCCAAAAACGCAGCACUUGGUCAUUUUUCUGAGCCCAGACCCGCAGGACUCCGCCGGCAUUUUCAAGCACAGAAAACGCACGACUUAGUCUUUUUUCUGGGCUGCAGAAAUCCCCGGGCUCUGCCCCAAAACCGCCCCAGAGCUUGUUCCCAAACCCCCAGCUGGACCCAGUGGGAGACCCAAGC